AUGGAUUACCAAUGCGUUGUUGUGUACACGGUUAUCAACAUCGCACCGCCACGACUUGCAACGCAAGCAGCCGGCCUUUCUAAUGGCUGUAUUGCCUGGUUCAAAAAUAAGCUCAAAAGAGCGGUAGCAGUUUAUCUUCAAUCUCUUAAACUAACGCCGGGCAAUGCAAUUAUAUAUGGAAAUUUGGCUUGUCACUAUUACAAACAAGGUCUCAUAGACCUUGCUAUAGACACAUAUAAACGAGCAAUUGAACUUCAGCCCAAUUUUCCUGAUGCCUACUGCAAUCUCGCUAAUGCAUUAAAAGAAAAAGGCCUUGUUGCUGAAGCAGAGGAUUGUUACAAUGCCGCUUUACGUUUAUGUCCGACACACGUUGACACUCUAAAUAAUCUUGGUAAUGUUAAAAGGGAACAAGGCAAGAUUAAUGAAGCUAUGGUUUUAUACAUGAGAGCAUUAGAGGUUUUUCCUAAUUUUGCAGCAACGCACAGUAAUAUGGCAUCCUUACUGCAACAACAAGGAAAACUUCACGAAGCAUUAAUGCAUUAUAGAGAAGCCAUAAAUAUUCAACCAGAGUUUGCUGAUGCUUAUAGCAAUAUGGGAAAUACUUUAAGAGAACUACAGGAUAAGACUGGUGCCUUAAUAUGUUUUAAGAAAGCCAUUGAUUUGAAUCCAAUGUUUGCUGACGCUCAUUGCAAUUUAGCCAGUAUUCAAAAGGACAUAGGUAAAUUAUCGGAAGCUAUCACAAGUUAUCAAAAUGCUUUAAAAAUAAAGCCCGAUUUUCCUGACGCAUACUGUAAUUUAGCGCACUGCUUUCAAAUCAUAUGCAAUUGGGAGGGGUACGACGAAAGAAUGCAAAAUAUUGUAAGAAUCGUCGAAGAUCAACUCCAUUCAGAUAAGCUAUGUUCUGUACAUCCCCAUCAUUCCAUUCUGUAUCCAUUGUCAAAUAGAGCAAGAAAAGAAAUUGCUUCACGACAUGCAAAUCUAUACACAGAAAAAGCAAACACUUUAAGCAAAGCUAGUUUCCAAUACAGCUUAACAGAUAAAGGCAGACUGCGUAUAGGUUACGUAAGUAGUGAUUUUGGUAAUCAUCCUACAUCACAUUUAAUGCAGGCUAUACCAGGACUACAUGAUCAUUCUAAAUUUGAAGUAUUUUGUUAUGCUUUAAAUCCAGACGAUGGAACCACAUUCCGUAAAAAGAUUAUUCAAGAAUCAGAACACUUUACUGAUUUAUCACUAGUAACGUGUAAUAUGGAGGCAGCAAGAAAAAUUAAUAGUGACAAUAUUCAUAUUUUAAUAAAUAUGAAUGGAUAUACAAAGGGGGCCAGAAAUGAAAUAUUUGCUCUUAAGCCGGCACCUAUUCAAGUUAUGUGGUUGGGAUACCCUGGCACUAGCGGAGCUCCAUAUAUGGAUUACGUAAUUACUGAUGAAACAUCUUGUCCUAUGUCGGCUCGACAUGACUUUAGCGAAAAGUUUGCCUACAUGCCACACACCUACUUUAUUGGUGACCAUAGGCAAAUGUUUCCUCAUUUAAUAAAACAAUAUAAAGUUUUUGAUAAUGACGAAAUUAUUAAUGUAAAUACUAAUAUGGCAAUAGUAAACUUGCCUGAAAAUGUAAAUGUUCAAAAUUUUUGUAUUAAGGAUAAGAAAAAACAUAUAUGUUUUGAGAAUUUACAGCCAAUAGAUAUAAUUGAAAGUGAAUUAUGCAUUCCGAAAUAUGUAUUCGAAAUGACAAUAAAUCCUGAAAUAAAGCAGGUUAUUGUGAAUGACACAGUUAUUUAUAACGGUUUAUCAAUAAACUGUAGUAAUAAGAAAAUAGGCUCCGGAGAAGCAGCUGUGGAUAGUACAAUAUUUACAUCGAGAAAGCAAUAUGGACUUCCACGUGAUGCGGUAGUAUAUUGCAAUUUUAAUCAGUUAUACAAGAUGGAUCCUAAAAUACUAGAAACAUGGGUCUAUAUACUUAAAAUGGUGCCAAAUAGUGUUCUCUGGUUAUUAAGCUUUCCAGCUGCUGGGGAACCUAACGUAUUGAAAUAUGUUCAGAGCUUAGGGUUGCCACCCAGUCGUGUGAUAUUUUCAAACAUAGCUUGUAAGGAGGAGCAUGUACGAAGAGGACAAUUGGCUGAUGUUUGUUUAGAUACACCAUUGUGCAAUGGUCACACAACUGCUAUGGAUAUUCUUUGGGCAGGUACACCUUUAAUAACGUUGCCGGGAGAAACUUUAGCAUCAAGAGUUGCUGCAUCCCUUUUAAAUACUUUGAAAUGUCCAGAACUUAUAGCCAAAGAUAUGGAGUCUUACGUAAAUAUAGCUGUGAAAUUGGGCACAAAUAUGGACUAUCGAAGAUAUAUUCGAGCGAAGGUUUCAAAGGCUCGUAUGUGCAGCACGUUGUUUGAUUGUAAAUACUACGCAAGUGGAUUGGAAUCACUAUAUAGCAAAAUGUGGGAGCUAUACAAAAGUGGAAAAGAACCUGACCACAUUAAGGCAUUCCAAUAA